AUGAAGCUUCGGUUACUUAUUGCCUUAACGUUCUUAGCCGCGAUCGUGGUCGCGACUCCCUCCCUCGCCACGCACAAGCGGCGCGAGCUCCAGGAAGGCCUCCUAUUGGCUAAGAAGAGCCAGAGCCUAUACCGAAACAAGGAGGCGAAGGGCUCCGGCGGCGUGGACGGCGCAGGUGGCGCCGCGAGAGGCGCCGCAGAUGGCGCUGCUCCCUCGCUGACGAUCUUCUGCGCUCCGAAGCCGUACGAGUCGGUGCUGAAUCCUAAGGACCGUGCCGUGGACAACCAACGCCGCGCACUGCUGUCGUGGCUGCGAUUAACUCCGGCUCCUAAGAUCGUCCUUCUCGGGAACGACUCGACGUUUCACGCGCUCGCGCGGGAGUUCCCGACGCGCAUUUCCGUCGACGACGCGAUCGACACUAAUUUCUACGGCGUGCCGCAGUUUCACAGCAUCGUGGCGCGCGCGCAAGCCGCCGAUACGGAUCUCUCCAUGAUCAUUAACGGCGAUAUUAUUCUCCUCAAUGACGUCAUGGUCGCCAUCGAGAAGAUUCACCGUAGCUUCCCGCACUGGGUGAUGACGUCAGCACGGUGGGACGUGAAAGAGGAUUUCCCGUACUCUUUCGAACCUUCCAUGUGGGCUUCGUCGGGCGGCGGCGGCGGGCGCAGCAGCGCGGCGAUCGAGAAGGAGAUUAAGAAGGUUGUCCGGGAGACCGGGUCGCUGCAUACCUAUGGCGGCGUGGAUUUCUGGGCUUGGAACAACUCCCCGCUUCCGCUUUUCACGGGAAUUAUGCCGCCGUUCAUGUUCGGCCGCGGGAAGUACGACAACUGGCUGACGCACGAGAUGGUUGCGUCGGGCGUCCGGCAAGUCGUCGACGCGAGCGACGCGGUGACGGCGAUCCACGUGGCGCAUUCCUACUCGCACGUAGUGGAGGGCGACGCGACCAAGGAGGGGAAGGGCCUGCUAGGAAAGAGUUUUUGGUCGACGAGGAAGCAUAGCAGCUGGGAGUUAUUCGCGAACAUUCACAUGGCGCAGACGCACGGAUCGUACGUCAACCAGAAGGGCACGGCGCUGCACGUGCCGUGGAAGCUCGCCACGUGUCAUGAACCUUCAGUCUUCAACAUGUGCCUUCAGAAGCGCCUGCGUCCCGCCACGUGCACGUGCGAGUUUUCCAACUUCGUCGAAAACAGCCAAUCAGAUCCCAAGCUCGACGCUACAGGCCACAAGUGGCAGUGCGGAACCGUGUCCGUCGAUAAGCAGGAGGAUUACUCAAUCGCAGCCGUUCCUACGCCAAAAUCCUCCAUCGGGCUUCCGCACACGAUGGAGCAGCUGCUGCCGCGCGUCGCUAGGGAGGCGAACGGGCUCAAGGUGGUAACCCUAGUCGCCGUCACGUUCGGAUACGCGGAGAUGCUCAUGAGCUUCGUGUGCCGCCUGAGGGGGCUCGGCCUGGCGGAUAAUCUCGUGGUCGCGGCGCUUGAUGAGGAUCUCUAUCGUUUCGCGUUUACACAAGGCCUGGCAGUGUACUACGAGCAGGUUAGCGUGGGUCUCAAGGGUGUUGACUCCAAGAACUGUGCCUUCGGCAGCCAGUGCUUCCGCCAGUUCACCAAGCUCAAAUCCCGCGCCGUGCUGCGCGUGCUCAAGGCAGGCUACUCGGUCCUCUGGACAGACGUCGAUAUUGUCUGGUUCUCCGACCCUCUCCCGGACCUCAUGUCGUACGGGCCUGGCACCUUCCCGAUCCAGAGCAACGAGCCUAACGCGAGCCUGCCCGGAACCGGAAUCCGCAGGAUCAACUCCGGGUUUUAUUUCGCAAGGUCGGAUGCGCAGACAAUCGAAGGGUUUGAGGCGAUCACAGCGCAUGCAGCCACGACUAAGCUAUCCGAGCAGCCAAGCUUUUAUGAUAUUCUCUGCGGGGUGAAAGGAGAGAAUGUGGUGCCCGGAAAGGAGGAAUGCGUGUGGAAGAAUGGACUCCGUACUAUUUUCCUCGACAGGGCGAUUUACCCUAACGGCGCGGUGCACGGGUUUUGGGAGGCGGCAGAUGUGAUGGGGGCGUGCAGGAGGAAGGGGAGCAAGAUUCUGCACAACAACUGGAUUGCUGGGAAGGAUGCUAAAAAGGAGCGGUUUGUGGUGAACUCGUUUUGGCACUACGAUGGGCUGAGAAGGAUGUGCACUUGGGAUUGGCACAGCAAGCUGCCGGACGUGAUUGUGCCUGAAGUGAAGGUGAUUAAGGCGACGACAUAG